AUGGGACCCAAGCUCAAGAAGAGCAAACCCUUUACAGGCAAGAUCAUGAAGGGGAGAUCGAGCAUCUCCAGCUACUUCUCGAAGGCGCCGAAGGUCGACUACCACUCUAGUUACGGCCGUUUUAAACGGACCGACUUUUUCGUCAAAAUUUUCGACAUUUGUCUUUCAAAAACUUGGAACCUGUGUGCAGUCAUUUUAAACGUGUGACGUGGACUUGUGCAACUUGUGUAAAAAAAAAUGACGCCGUCCGUGAGUUGUAGCGCUCACUUCGAGACAACACACACGACACAACACAAACCGCGGAAAACACGACAUCAUGGACACCGACAUGGAUAUCACGACCACCCAGCGUGGCCGGCAGACCAAAACCCGGCGAAAUUCCAGCAGACGGGCUCUCUCGGUGCCGCCGUAGGCGGUGGAGGCUUGCUCUCCAGCAAGAUAGUGCUGCUGCCUGGCAUCUCGGGGAUCACUCAUGCUACCACGGGAGGCGCUGCCGCCACCAACACUCAGAGCGAGGAUGGAGCAGGCCGCCGGCUCGGGGUGGCAACCACUGCUCCUACCCCCCCGGGAAAAGGACAAAACAAAGCGGCGGACGCGAAGCAACAACUUCAAGCCAUCAUGGCGGACCGUCGUUUUUCGGACGACACAGCAACAGCAGACAGCAUCGUCAACGUUGGCAACAGCGACGAUAGCAAUAGCGACAGCGACAGAUGACUCACACACAACCCUAGCU